AGUUGAACCUACUCUGCAGAUCACAAUAUCAUCAAUAUUUUCAAAUACAUGGAACUCCGUUUUAAGAUAUAUGUAGUGCGAUUUGAAGUAUUUACUGAUAUUACUCUUAAUGAAUAGUUUGUUUGUUUUUUAAUCAUGGCAUCUGAUUGGGAAGCUCAAAUUCAGUACUUCUUCUUGGUUGAUUUUGAGAAGGAAGUCUGUAAUGGACUGAUUUAUCUGAUCCCUCCUGAUUCUGAAUAUUGAGGUCUGCAGUCCGGUCCAAUGGAGCACCUUCAAGGGGCAUGGAAGACCCUGAGUAAUGGGUUUGGAUUUAAAGACUCUGUGUUUGAAGAUCCCUGCAUGUCUCCUACCAUUCCCAAGGGCUUUCCUUAUCAGAGACGCUCAUCGGAUGAUGGCAAAAUCCCAGACUCUUCCAAAGCUAAUACAAUUCGCGUUUAUCUGCCGAACAAGCAGCGAACUGUGGUGAAUGUGCGACCAGGCAUGACCCUCCACAACUGCCUAAUCAAAGCCCUCAAAGUCAGAGGACUGCAGCCAGAGUGCUGUGCUGUUUUCAGGCUCCACCCAGAACAGCCCAGAAGCAAAAAAUCCCGUAUGGAUUGGAACACUGACUCUACCUCACUCAUAGGGGAGGAGCUACUGGUUGAAGUCUUAGAUCACGUACCCUUGACAACGCACAAUUUUGUACGAAAAACAUUUCUAAAGCUAGCUUUCUGUGACAUAUGCCAGAAGUUUCUCUUACAUGGCUUCAGAUGUCAGACAUGUGGCUACAAAUUCCAUGAGCACUGCAGCACCAGGGUCCCCACCAUGUGUGUUGACUGGAGUAACAUUCGACAACUCCUACUGUUUCCCACACCUGGGGAAGGUGGGGCUCCUUCUUUUCCACCUCUCACAUCUCGGCGGAAGCGAGACUCCUUGUCCCGAUUCCCUGUCAGUGCCCAUCAUAGACACUCCACCCCUCAUGCCUUCAACUAUAUUGCACCCACUCCAUCCUCUGGGGCCUCUCUCUUUCACAAGCAGCGCUCCACGUCCACUCCCAAUGUCCACAUGGUCAGCACCACCCUGCCUGUGGAUGGAGUUGCAAUUGAGGAUGCCUUAGGUCAGGAAUCAGGGAGCCCUCCUAAUCUCAGCCCAACAGGACAGUUCCAGUCAAAAACUCCAGCUCCGGUCACUAGGGAGAAGGCACUUUCAUCUAACACUCAGGAAAAAAACAGAAUUCGGCCCAGGGAGAAGAGAGAUUCCAGCUACUACUGGGAGAUAGAGGCCAGUGAAGUGGUUCUUCACUCUCGAAUUGGUUCGGGGUCUUUUGGCACGGUCUUCAAAGGGAAGUGGCAUGGUGAUGUUGCUGUGAAGAUUUUAAAGGUCAAAGAUCCAACACCAGAGCAGUUCCAGGCUUUUCGCAAUGAGGUGGCGGUUCUAAGGAAGACCAGGCAUGUCAACAUCUUGUUGUUCAUGGGCUACAUGACGAAGGACAACCUGGCCAUCGUGACGCAGUGGUGCGAGGGGAGCAGUCUGUACAAACAUCUGCACAUGCAGGAGACCAAGCUGCAGAUGCUCCAGCUGAUCGACAUCGCCAGGCAGACAGCUCAAGGCAUGGACUAUCUUCAUGCAAAGAGUAUUAUCCACCGGGAUAUGAAGUCAAAUAAUAUCUUCUUACAUGAAGGCCUUACAGUGAAGAUUGGAGACUUUGGUUUGGCAACUGUGAAGACGAGAUGGAGCGGCUCCCAUCAGGUGGAGCAACCAUCAGGAUCUAUACUGUGGAUGGCUCCGGAGGUAAUCCGCAUGCAGGAGAAGAACCCCUACAGUUUCCAGUCAGAUGUGUACUCCUAUGGCAUUGUCCUUUAUGAACUGAUGACUGGGGAGCUUCCAUACUCUAUGAUUGCAAAUAGGGAUCAGAUCAUAUUCAUGGUAGGAAGAGGAUACUUGUCUCCAGACCUCAGCAAGCUGUACAAAAGUUGCCCUAAAGCCAUGAAGAGGCUUGUUGCUGACUGCAUAAAGAAGUCCAAAGACGACCGGCCUCUGUUCCCUCAAAUUCUGGCCUCCAUAGAGCUGCUGCAGUACUCCUUGCCCAAAAUCAACCGCAGCGCUUCUGAGCCUUCUCUCCACAGAGCUGCCCACACUGAGGACAUCGGCGUCUUCACCCUGACCUCUACGAAGCUCCCUGUGUUCUAAAGCAGUAGUGCUGGGUUUUUUCCCAAGCCAAAGUGCUCCGGCGAGUAUGCUGGCUGGAAAGUCCUUACAAUCAAGCACAUGUACUUCUUUUAACCUGCAAAGUGAACUCAAGCCUGAACAGUGCUGCUCCAGAAAAGGAUAGAGUGGAUGUCCUUGUUUCUUUGGCAGGUGGUGAUCAGAAAGAAGUGAUCCAACCUUGCUGCUCAUCACCAAAAGGCCUCUGGAAGUCUGGUGUUACCCAGGUCUUUGUUCUCAUCACAAAGGGUUUGGAUAAAAACAAAACUGAAUCGUGUAUGGCUGCGUUUCUUUCCUGCCAGUGCCCAGAGAUCACUUCAGUGGCGGUAACCACAGAUAGCACUUUUUAUUCUGAUUUGAUCACCAUGGCUUUGAGAUGUGCACCAUAUCACAAAUCCUAGCAUAUAAGCAAAAGGCAAAAUGAUAGCUUCAAAAAUGUAGCUAAAGCAGAGAUACUGUUCAUAGUAACCCUAACUUUUGGUUUUGUUUUUUAGAAUGACACAUCUUUAACAGUUGGUUCUUGGUAAGAGUUUAAGAGCAAGUUUUAUUGUCCUUAAGUGCCAACUCAAAUAGUAGCUGUUUGCAUUUGAAGGCAUUGAUGUUCACUUCAAGUUAAUUACUCUUAUCCAGCAAAGUAGAUGUACAGUUCAAAUUUAUCUAAUAUAGAUGUCUCUAUAGCAUUGCAUUUUUUGUUGUUUAAUUGUUGUGAUCUUUGUUUUUUUUUUUUUAAGUUGUACCUAAUUCAAGACUCAAAGAUGAGUGGAUACAAAUGACUAUUGUUAAAAUUAUUAGGAACGUUCAAAUAUUUUUGACCUGUUAUUGCUUGUUAGCAAGGACCAACUCAGACAUUUGAAAGACUGUUUAUGCUUUGUAUUUUAAUAAAAGUAUGUUAACUACA